GUGUCGUUAGCUUGUCGGCACUUACAGCUGCUCGUAGUGGAGGGAAGUGGCUAGCUCCGUUAGCUACGUUAGCUCAGUGUGUUUGUAGGAUAGUUUACGGUAGUUGUUUGCACCUUCGGCUGUUCCCAUCAUGGCGUACCAGCUGUACAGGAACACCACCCUGGGAAACAGCCUGCAGGAGAGUCUUGACGAGCUCAUACAGACUCAGCAGAUCACUCCUCAGCUGGCUCUCCAGGUCCUCCUUCAGUUUGAUAAAGCCAUCAACACGGCGCUCGCCAACAGAGUCCGCAACAGAGUCAACUUCAGGGGCUCUCUGAACACCUACAGGUUCUGUGACAAUGUGUGGACAUUUGUUCUGAACGAUGUGGAGUUCAGAGAGGUCACAGACCUGGUGAAGGUUGACAAGGUCAAAAUUGUCGCCUGUGAUGGAAAGAGUGAGUCGACCCAGAACAAAACUGAUAAAUGACUCAGGCUCCAGUGCUGCAGAGUGACAACUUUUCAUGUGUGCCGGUGUCGGUUGGAGCCGCAGAUGGACCUGGACUGUACAUAUAAUUUAUUACAGCAGAGUCACAGCUGAGACCUGAGAGUGUGUGUGUGUGUGUGAGAGAGAGAGUGGACCAGUCACUGUUCCUUCAGCAGUUUGUUUUUAUUAUCAGUUUACAGGAGGUUGUGUUCAGUUUGCUGUUAUAAUUGAGCUGGAUCAUCUUUAAUAAAAACUUUAUUUAAAACACA